UAAGAGGCAAAGGGGCGAAGAACGUGACAGUCAAUAUCCUUCGUGAGCAGUUAAAGAAUGACCCUUGACUGGGAUUCUUCUUCUGGUUUCGCUUCCAUGGACGAUGAUCAAAAGAAAGAUUACUGUAAAAUACUGGAAGGAGGUGGACGGGAGGAUCACGUCGCUUUAGAAGAGGGCGCGCUGAAAGAGAAGCCAGCGGCGGGCAACGGAGGGCCAAUGAUGAAGCUCAAGCAUCAGAGCUCCUGGGAGUUGAGUGGAGAAGAUAACGUCCGGGAACCUCGGAUCUGCAGCGUCUGCAAAAGGGAGUUUAGCUCCGGUAAGGCUUUGGGGGGUCAUAUGAGAGUUCACAUUCAGGCCAGCAAGAAAGAGGACGAGCUUGUUAACAAGAAGACCGCCAAGCUCAAGAAACAAUCCGUGAAUGGUCCUGGUUCCACAACGAACAAUGCCGAUGACACCACUUGUUCCCUUUGCGGCAAGAAUUUUCCGUCUAGGAAGUCGCUCUUUGGGCACAUGAGAUGCCACCCCGAGAGGGAAUGGAGGGGAAUUCAGCCACCGCCCACCGCCAAAAACAGUUCAUCUUCGACCUUGUCUGAGCUUCUUCCCCGAAUAAUGGAUGAUCAGUUUGAUUCGGCUACUACUGUUACCAAGUGUGUUACUGAUUUGCAGCAGUCUCUGUCAGGAUCCGGAUGGUCAGUCACUGAUAGGAGAGGCCGGAAAAGCUUUCUUCCUGAUGCUGACUCAGAUGCUGAUGCUGAUGCAGCUUAUAAUCUCUUGAUGCUAGGCCAUGGGGAUUUCCUCUAUCUUGGGCACCCUCCACACUCUUAUCAGCAACAGCAAAGAGUGAAGGAGGAAUGUGAGAGCAAUUCCCCAACUAACAAGGCCGAAACCGAGGAGAAUAACCAAUAUUUUGAAUGCACAGCUGGGUCGAAGAAGAGAGGAAUUGAGGCGUCACUCUUCGGCAACAUGAAGAAUUCUCCGUCAAAGAAGUUGAGAAUCGGAGAAAAAGGUUCCACUGAGGCUAGGAAUGGCGGUGCCUUAAUGUCGUUGAAAAAGAUGAAUGGUGGGAACGGGAAAGGCAAAGGUAAGGCUGUGAUGGAAACAGGUCUCUCUGUGGACCAGCCUGGGGACAUGAAUGGCCUGUGGGCGGAGGCUUACUGGCCUAGAGAGGAAGCUGUGGAAGAGGAAUCUGAUAGCAAGAACACCUAUGGCAGCGCACUUGGGGAUCAGCUCAACUCCAACUCAAACUCCAACCAGGAGAUUAGCAUGAAAACGAAGAAGAAGAAGAGGAGGAAAAUGAAGCUGACAGAAUUGGAAGCAACAGGAGGAGGAGCAGCAGGAGAUAUUGUGCCGGUAAAUCAAAUUCAUCAGAAGCAGGUUCCUACUACUCCUGAUAGAUACAGAUGCAGUACUUGCAAUAAAUCUUUUCCAACUCACCAGGCCUUGGGGGGUCACAGGUCCAGCCAUAACAAAUUUAAGAACAGUCAAACAAUGGAUGAUUCUGCAUGUGCGGAUGCCCCACCGGCUGAUUAUGAACAUUAUGGAUUUACACCCAAUGUCAACCUCACCACCCAAGCUCAUGAAGCUCAAGGAUGCAACGAUGCAGCUGCUGCCUUAGCUUCCAUGCUCAGUACUACACACCAAUGCAAGUGCUGCAACAAGACCUUCCCAACUGGUCAGGCUCUUGGAGGCCACAUGAGGUGUCACUGGAAUGGUCCAUCUGAAGCUCCAUCCAGCCAAGUCACAUCCCCAGGAGAAGCCAGUCAGACUGGUCCUAAACUCCUCCUAGGUUUUGAUCUCAACGAGCUCCCCGCCAUGGACGAGGAGGAUGAAGGUACUGAGUCUGUCACUCUUGCAGCUGGUGAUGCAUCUUCCUCUCACAAUUCCGUUAACUAAUCAGUAGAAUUUCUCAAUCCAAACAACUUGGUUAUAGAGUUGAGUAGCUCAAACUUUGGCUUCUGAUGGUUUCUGAUAGUUUCGGUUAGUAUUGUUUUUGCCCUUGGUUGCAGCAGUCAAAACAUUAUUGCAGAGGAAACCUCUUGGUUCUUUCUUGUUAUAUCUCUAAUGGGUCUUUUGGGGCUUGUCUUUUUGUGUCUAUUUCUUCAACCAAAGCAUGAUGAUCCAGCAGGCUUUCUCAUGGAAAGAUCCAAAAGGACCUUUUGUUUCUUUCUUUGGGACGAAGAAGACGAUGUAAAGCAGCUCCAUAUUAUACAUAUGUUUCUUUUUGGUUAUUUAGAUCCUAUAUAUAUUCCUCAUAUUUUAAUCUCCUUCUCUUUGG